AUGCUGGUGCUGGUGCUGGUGCUGGUGCUGGUGCUGGUGCUGGCGGGCAGGCCUGAAUGGGACCGAGGGCGGACGCUCCGUUUGCCGUCUCCAUCAGACAGCUCCACCGAUGGCGGAGGCGCUGUCAAACACCUCCCAUCCAUCCGCUUCAUCCCACACCAAGAUCCCCGAGCCGGCAGACCUUCUCUGAUAUUCCCCACCAUUACGCGAACGCUGCCCGACGAGUCGGCCGUGCUUCGUGUCGGCCGCUAUUCGGAGCGUGAUAAUGCGCCAGAAAUCUCUUCAAACACCCCUUCCGCUGCGGCGAUUGGAUUCAAGUCCAAAGUGGUCAGCAGAAAGCACUGCGAACUGUGGUGCAAGGACGGAAGCUGGUACAUCAAAGAUGUAAAGAGCUCCUCGGGCACCUUUUUGAAUCACAUUCGCCUCAGCCAGCCCAACGUGGAAUCAAAGCCUUUUCGCAUAAAGGAUGGCGAUAUCAUUCAGCUGGGCAUCGAUUUCCGUGGGGGCGAAGAGAUGAUUUUCCGCUGUGUCAAAAUCCGUGUUGAAUGCAACCGCGGCUGGCAGCAGGGCCUGAAUACAUUCAAGUGCCCUUGUCAAUCGCUAUUUGUGGCACCAUGUUCACACGUCUGGCACUACAAGUGCAUUCGUCCCAUCCUCAAUGGGCCCACAUGGCCAAACUUUCUUUGUCCCAACUGCAGGGCCGUCGCUGACUUGGAAGAGGAUGUGGAAGACAUGGGCGAGUUUGAAGACUGGGAGGGAGACGAGGAAGUAGCCAACGGCGACACAACCACCCAUGCAAACACAGAGCAAGCCGACCGCCACGUCACUCCUCGUGCUUCUGUUGCACCCAUGAACUCGAGCAGCUCAAACUUUGACCUCAGCGACCUCCGGCAGCAAAUCACAAACAUGGAUAUCAACGGUACCGAGCCAGCUAACGGAAACACACAUCAGCCCUCACCCGAGACUCCGGAUCGCCAGAUCACGCCACCUACCUCGUCCGCCACAGCGCCUGUCAGCAUCAACGUGUCUGGAGCAAACCAGUAUGCAGGUCUGACUCCACUACAUCAUACAGCAACCGAUGGCCUAGCACCCGACCGCGUACACGAGGGCCCAAUGACGCCUCGCAACGACAUUGGCCCCUUUGUCCUAGACGGUAGCGCUGGCAGGGCUGCUGGAAACCGCUUGCACCAAGUUGAGUCGUCCUCGUCCGACUCUGACACAAAUGGAAAUGGACGACGUCCGAGCGAAGCACCAAGUCUCCCACCUGUGCGCUUUGACUAG